GUCAGAAGAAGAAAAUGCUGCAGAGGAAUACAGUAAAGAGAACCAAACAAGACCGUCGUUCUCUAUCUCCUCGCUCUUGUUCAGAGCGACCUAGAAGUAGAAGUUGUAUGUGUCAAAGAUCCAUGAGAAUGAGUGUGGUUUUCUACUUCAAGCGCCAAACAAAUAGGGUUGCUUUUGCGAGUGACGGUUCAAACCGGCAUGCCCCUUAACGAGAGAUGCGCAGAAGAAGGAUACUUGUGCCCCCUGUGUGAAGAAGUACAAAGUAGACACUCGGCUACUUCUGAUAGAUAUUUUUCCGAGCAGCAAGGCACGGAAGAUACAGUAAUACUAUACCAACAUCAGCAAAAAGAAAAUUAUACAACAUGAAGCCUAUCACGCCUCUGCUUCUCGUCGGAGCGGCAGAUUUUUACGUUUCCGCUGCGACGCCGCCCGGUGGUCCGAAACUCAAAUUGGCAGUGGAUGAAGACGAUUCUUUCGUGGCUGUUUACGAAAACUUCGUCUCUCCCGCCGAGGCCACUCACGUCGCGAAACUGGCAAAGAAGAUGGGUUUUCACCAUUCGUCCAAGGUCGAGGAACCAGCGCGGGUCACCUUCCUGCCCUUCGACGGGAAGCCCAUCAGCUACGAGACGCCCGAAGGGGACAUCGAUUUCGAUCCCAGCGACGUGCUCAGGACCGAAGAGGAUGUGCUGCUGUUGGAGAAGGUAACAAGGAAAGUUGGAGUCUAAGCUUCCUUUCGUCUGUUUUUGUUUUGUGUGAUUUUGAUAUCACUAUCGUGUGCCCCACUUCGUCUUUUUUUCCCACGCUUCAACAGCGCAGCUAGUUUUCAUUUUUAGAAAUAGCACGCCCCAACAAGUACUCCGUCCACGACGACACAACGCUAGGUCGCGAACAUGAGUGCGUCCGCCUUUACCAAGCACCUGGGCUUGAAGUGGAACAGCACUUCCGACGCGCAACCCCGCGUGAAAGUGUUCAAGCCGCUGACAAAACACGAGGACGCGCAUAUCAUUUGUAAAAGCGUCCCUACACGAGAGUCAAGAUGGGAAAUCUGCUAGACAAAUCAGCCAGCUUUGGUCGUUUGGCAUGACAAAUCUUUCCUCGUAGGGUGAUCCUGUUUCGGGAGUUCAGCAGCACCACAGAUCUAGCAUGUCAUGCUGAUUAUAGCAUCACAAAUUCCAAACACGACUAGAGAAUGCCUCUCAUGGCGCUCUGCAUGACAAAACUCUGGGGUGGGGACCUUUUUACUCAGGAUAGCGCACCUGGACAGCCACCUGCAGCCACAUGUCACCGGGACCACGCUGUUUGCGGUCGGGAAGGCGGACGAGGUCGAGGAUGUUUACAACUCCGAAGAGGAGAAUAAUAAAAGUCCUUCCGUUGCGGAGAAAACCAAGGCCGCGUUUCGGGCGACCGCGAACAAGAAAAAGUCGAAGUCCGCGGUCCCCACCCUGCUGUUCCCCUGCGUCGAGACGGAGGAUUUUGAGACCCGGGAGUGGAACUUUCGGCGCAAGGUGUGCGUAUCAAAUGUAAAAAUGUCUGGGUCUGGAAGAAUGCAAGAUUUGUGAUGCAGGUUUUCCGUGACCCAUGAGGUCUGGAAUGCGAGACCCAGCAUGACAGAUUCUGUGAGGUCUCUAUCAUGCCUUUCCUGCAUGAGAAACUCCCUCUCAACUUGGUCAAAAGCGGACAGCUUUUGGCACGCACGCAACACAGAUCUUUGCAUCAUUUAGAUUUAGCAUGACAAGUUCUAAUCUUCCAGACCCAGACAUUUUUGCAAUCCAUAGUGCGAGACGGCGUACCACACACUGAACGGGGCGCACACGAUAUCCAAGAAAAUAACGUUGUUAGUGUAACUUUCUUUGGCUGGCAGCAUCACAAAUUUGCUCUACAUGACAGGAGAGAAAACCUGUCAUGCGCGGCUUGUAAGGGGAAAUACACAUGAAAAAAGGACUUCAUGGCUGUCUAGCAUGACAGGCGUAACUAUGUUGCAUGUUCUGCAUUACAUACACAGUUUUUUUCUUGGAUACACGAAGCUGCUGCAGCGGCUGCAGUACGGGAUCAACCACGAGUCCGAGACGACCAGGAUGCAGUACCUGGAGGACCACCCGGAACUCAGCGUGUUCCAGUCCGUCUUUACCGAGGAGGAGGCGAGCGGGUUGCGCCGCUGGAACUGGCAGUGGACGGAAAGCGAGGAGAAAAACCUGAAGGAACACCUGAAACGCGACGGGCUACAGGUGGUGGUGCGGGAAAUGUGCAAACUGCAACUGUCCUCGUCGUCGGGGAGCGGAGCGGCGGACGAGGCGUAUCCGGGGUAUAAUUUUGUGCGUUGGAAAUAGUGAUGGGAAAAGCCCGUGUGGGUGUUCGUGUGGGGCUGUCUUCAUGUUUUCUCUUUUGACUCCGCUCUUGAACUAAGAGCGGAUUCUGUAUAAAUGAUACAGAGUCAGACCAGAAGUUAGACUUCGAGAAAUCGAUUCCUUCACUCAGGGCCUCGAAGGGGCUAGCCGUGCCGCUCGAGGCGGGCACCGCGGUGCAUUUCCUCUCGCAGCGGAUUCCGUCCACCAAGCGCGACCCGGUCGUGGAGCGGAUGGGCUGGCACGCGAUCUGCUCGCCGAAGAAAAACGGGUUCAUGCUGGCGGAGCUGAAGUUCGAGGCCCGUCCGGCGGUGCUGAAGGAGUGGAAAAAGAUCGAGCGGGUGUCGUCCGGAAAGAAGGAUGACAAGGGCGACGAAGGCGACCUGGACGACGAUGACGAGGUGUGGGAGUAAGUCCCAGAAUCGACCACGGAAGUUCGAAUUCAUUCUCGCUUGCGUUCGGAACAAAAAGGGCGCACGAAAUAUUUUUUCAAUUACGCGAACCAACUUUUUCUGGUACUUGUAUACCUCCUCAUUCUAAUAUGCCCGCGGUCAGGAUGUUUCCAGUUUUUAUUGAUAGAGUUGCAACUUUCAACAUAGCACCGCAGCAUAGCUUUUUUUUUGUCUGUGGAUUUGUUUUUGCAGACUUUGUGGAAGGAUGGAGCAGGGUGAGUAUAGAUACUACACGUCAUGAAAUGCCAUACAUAGAUGAAGGAUGCAAAUGAACAAGCCGAAAAAACUUUGUAAGAUUUGGAUUCAAAAUGUACGCUACAUUUUUAGGUUUCGCUCAGCAUACAGAUCGAUGAAACAAAG